CACAUUUCUUAAUCAUGAUUAAGAGAGAAUAUAAUCCCAAAAACUAAUUAAUUACCACGCCCUUAUUGAAUGCGACCCCCUCUUUUUAAAAGGCCCCUUCAUAUUGACUCAAUUCCUAGCUUCUCGCUUUCAAAAACUCUCUCUCUCUGUUUCUCUCUCUUUCAUAUACCAAAAAUCCCUGCUGACUGAUAGUUCAAUUUAGUAGAGUUUGUGCAAGGAAUAAUUUUGUCCAAAGGCAAAAAAUUUAGUUUUAUAGUGAUUGAUUGGUGAAGAUGGGCAGGCAUUCUUGUUGCUACAAACAGAAGUUGAGAAAGGGGCUUUGGUCUCCAGAGGAAGAUGAGAAACUCAUCAACCACAUAACCAAAUACGGCCAUGGCUGCUGGAGCUCUGUGCCUAAACUCGCCGGCCUCCAGAGGUGCGGAAAGAGCUGCAGGCUGAGGUGGAUCAAUUACCUGAGGCCCGACCUUAAGAGAGGCACAUUUUCACCGGAAGAAGAGAAGCUCAUAAUUGAACUGCAUGCCGUGCUUGGCAACAGGUGGUCACAGAUAGCCGCACAACUUCCGGGAAGGACGGACAACGAGAUAAAGAACCUGUGGAACUCAUCCAUCAAGAAAAAGCUAAGGCAGAGGGGCAUUGACCCCAACACCCACAAACCCCUCUCGCCAAAUGACGAUAAUGCCCCUCCCAAGACAUCCGACGCCUCCUCCAGCGACCUCACCAACUCCUUACCCGCCGACAAACCACUUACUGACAUCAACAUUAAUAACACUACCAACAACAAUAAGAAUCAUGAGUUUUUUCCUGGGCUCCUCUCCUUCCAGCAGACGAGCUACGGGCCGGGCUCCAAGCAGGUGGGGCCCGACCCGUUUGCCAGAAUGAAGAGUUCAAUCAGCUUCGCGAGUACUGACCCAACGUAUGGAGUCAAGUUUGAAAACUGGGAUGCGGGCAACAGCAGCAGCAGUAUCGGGUUUUUCGAGACUUGGGGAGGUCAAGAAAGUUAUGGGAAGUCCGCAAAGGAAGAUGAGGGCCACACGGCCUCGUUAGGCCCUGGGAUUGUUGUUGCAGAGGAUGCCAAGUGGGCCGAAUAUAUGCAUGCUCCGCAUUUUAUGGGGAAUACUGUACAGGUUCAGGGUAACACGGCUGAGGGGCAGUUUGGGCAGGGGGUUGAAAAUGGGUCUUUAUCGGGAAAUGGAAUCAAUUGGCAUUAUCAUCAAAAUCAGUAUAUGCAACAGCAGCAGCAGCAACAGCAGCAACAGGAUAUAGAAAUGUAUGGGAAGCAUUUCUUGCAGGGGCUGUCUGCUGCAGCUUUCGGGCACUUUCCUUGACAUUUAUUUUAUUUAUUUGUUUAUUUAUUUUUUCAAAAUUCAACAUACUAUGUGCAGAGAGGGAAUGCUGUUGCUGCUCUAAUACUUCUUCACCAGGUGGUGCCAUAGAUUUUUUAUUUUAUUUUUUAUCAAAUGAAAUUCUCAAUUGUAAAUAGGGACGAAUGAUAUAGACACAUUUUUUACGGUAGGAAUAUUUGUUUUCAUGUUCUUGUUUGUACCGGGUUGAUUUCAGCUUCCAAUUAAAUGUGUACGGUAAG